AUGAAUUUGGAGGAGUACUUCAGAAGAAUUGGCUUCCACGGCUCUUUUGACAAACCUGAUCUUGAAACACUGAAGUUGAUCCACAAACAGCACAUCAUGACAGUCCCAUUUGAAAACCUCAGCAUGCACUGUGGGGAGAAGAUUGUCAUGGACCUGGAGAUGAUCUACGAUAAGAUCGUGAGGAACAACCGUGGGGGCUGGUGCCUAGAAAACAACUACCUGUUUGGAUGGGUGCUGAGAGAAAUGGGCUACAACAGCACAAUGCUCAACUCUCAGUGUUUCAUGAUUCCCCUCAAUGAAUAUUUUCCUUUUGAGUCUCAUCUCAUCCACAAGGUGGUCAUUGAUGGAAAGGAUUACAUAGCAGAUGUAAGCUAUGGGGUGUCUUGUCAAAUAUGGGAGCCCCUGGAGCUCAUCUCUGGAAAGGAUCAACCUCAGGCGUCUGGCGUGUUUCGUCUCAUUAACAAGGGGGAUACCUGGACGCUGGAGAAGACCAGAAGAAAGCCAAAGGUCCUGGAUCCAAACUUCACCAAAUCAAGUCUGCUUAACAGAGAGGGAACAAUGCCCAUCCACCGCUUCACCUUGACACCUCGAGAGCCAGAGGAUUUCCUUGAAAUAAACGACAAACUCCAAACAGAUCCGAAUUCACUUUUCAGGAAUAAGUCCAUUUGUUCUUUGCAGACGGCCACAGGGUUCAGAGCUCUGAUUGGUUGGACCUACAGUGAGGUCACGUUCAAACCUGAGGAGGGUGUUGAUAUCUUUGAUAUGAGGAAUGUAAAGGAUGAGGAGGUUGAUGAAAUCCUGAGGGAAAAGUUUGGUCUGAGGCUGCAGAACAAAGUGACGUCUGUAGGAAACAAAUCGUGGUACACGCUGUAA